UAGCGAGUUGACGUGCGCCAGACGCUUUAUUUUGUGAUUUUGUGAUUUUGUGAAUACUGUGCUCCGUUUAAGAUUUCUUUGUCGUUUUCUGUAAUGUGAAAUAACGUCUAUUUAUGUGUACGCUUUUUGUAUCGUCCAAAAAACUGUGAAAACCAUCGGAUCAGCAUCGGAAAAAGAGUCAAUGAUGGCGUUUCAACCGAGCACACCGAGAAAUCGCACUCCACUGGCGGAACUGCCAACCGUACCAGGCAUGACCAUGGAGGCGGCGUCCCCGGAACAGGGUGCCGCAACCCGUCGCAGGGCCCUCACCCCGCGCGUUAUAGACAGUCCUUCAGCGAACAUUCCGGACAGCAUCAUGACUCCUACGCUGUCUCCGGAGGAGGAUGUCAUUCGGCAACGUGGAAGACGCCGCACGACGAUCAUGUGGUCUCCGGACCAUAAUCGCUCGGUGUUUCUCUCGCCGAUGAAAACCCCCACGAAGAACAUCUCUUCAAUGACCCUUCGUAGUUCGCCACGCAAGCGGUCCCUCAUGCAGGAGCUGUCCGAUGUGGCCUUACCGUCUACGAGCGGUGUAUCUCCCCACUCAAAGCGGCUCCUUGGAGCACGUAUGAGCGUAACGGACUCGCCGGGAUCUAGCACGAAGCGGAUGAAGGUGGAAGAAUCGGCUAUGAACCGUCAAAAUGAUGCCAUACCGUUGGAGACAAUUUUAAAAGGAUACAGCCGUGAACAGCUGAUUGCCGUAAUCGGUUCUCUGGUGGCCAGAGACGAGCAGCUGGAGGCCACCGUUCGCAACGAACUGCCCAUCCCGGAUAUCGCACCACUCGAAGGGGAGCUGAUCAAGCAGAAGAAGAAUAUCUUCGCCAGCGUUCCCAAUCAAAAGUUCCUGUGCCGCACGGACGGGCACGGGUACCUACGGGCCGCCACACAUUUGGCUACGUUCAAGCAAACCGUCUACGGUCAGUCGCAGAACCUGUACACCUCGCGCCACUGGGACGCAUUGCUCGAUUACGUAAUGAUGGCGUGGACUCACGUACGCGAAACUCCGGUGUACGAGAACGCCAAACACAACGCCGUCCGGCGUUACUGCUUCAAGCUGCUUUCGCACCAUGCCAGCAAUGCGCUGAAGCACGGCUCGACCGCCCUGGGUAGGGAUCGUGUUGUCCGCUUGCAGCACAAGCUGACCGCCAUGGUUUCGGAUUGGGCUGAGGUGAACGAAUGCAGCAAGUGUAUCGAGUAUAUUAUGAAAAGUUUUUGAUACUGUUAAAGUAAGAGGUGCAGAGCUUUUUUAAAUUAUUCUAUGAGGUUCCGAAGCGAGAGGAACGAAUAAAAUAGGGAAUUGUAUUGUGCAUCAAUUACGAAUAUAGUUAAUUUUUGGGGAGCGUCCUAUAUUUUUUGCCUGCAAGUAUGUAAUAAAGUUUUUAACGGAA